UUGAUGUGUUCCCACGGAUAUGCAUUCAGUAUUUUUCCAGGGAUGAUAUUCAAAACACAUAGACAUUUCUAGUGACACAUAUGCAACCCUCUGGCAAACAUUGACACUAUGGCCCCUGAGUGGAAUAUAUGUAGGGCUAAACGAAAUCAGAAGGGGUGAUUACCCAGCAAUUUUAGGUACACACACAGUUAUUGCAGUGAACAGAAUGGGUCUAGUACUGAAAAUAAGAAUUAAAGGCUACAACAAAAACAAUUAUUAAUGUACUUCAUGAAAAAUGUUAACAACCGUAUUUACCGAUCUAAGAUAUUGACACCUGAUCCCCCUCGAUGUGCAAGUGCUAAUGGUUUGCGCUCAAGUAGUUUUGCUAAGCUAUUGGUGCAAAGUUUCCCGGGAAUAUUUACGUACCAACCACAAUUUCGCGCCAAAUUCAUUGCAGCCGCACGACAUAGCUACAUCCUACAGAAGGAUGUCUUCACCAACAUCAACUCCCGUUGGAAGCAAGCGCAGUAGGGAUGACAUUCCAGUCACUCCCAGCAGUGAUGGCCUGGCCUCUCCUCCUUCCCAGCGGCGACGAGGUCAGGACUCAUCCAACGGGGAUCUGCCAGCCAUGCCCACAUCUCCAGCUACAGAUAUUGCCAGCCCUGCAGUCCAUGACACCUCUCUGUUCUCCAGCCCACGCCGUUCAGUUCUCCCCAGUGAGGUGGACAUGAGCUCCCCUCUGAUGUACGGGACUCCUAGCUCCAGGGUGGAGGGUACCCCACACAGUGGUGUGCGUGGCACCCCAGUCAGACAGCGCCCUGAUCUGGGCUCUGCCAGGAAGGCCCCCCAGGUGGACCUCCACACAGAGCUGCCAAGUGCAGUAGCCAGUGAGCAGGCAGCGGGACAGAAGCUGGUUAUCUGGGGCACUGAUGUCAAUGUGGGAACUUGCAAGGAGAAGUUUCAGAGAUUCCUGCAGAGGUUCAUUGACCCCACUUCUAAUGAGGAUGAGAAUGCUGGUUUGGACCUGAAUGAGCCUCUCUACAUGCAGAAGCUGGAGGAGAUCAGUGUGAUUGGUGAGCCUGUGCUGAAUGUCAACUGCAGCCAUGUGCAGUCCUUUGAUGCAGACCUGUACAGGCAGCUCAUCUCCUACCCCCAGGAAGUCAUACCUACAUUUGACAUGGCCGUCAACGAGCUGUUCUUCGAGCGUUUCCCAGACUCAAUCUUGGAACACCAGAUCCAGGUGCGGCCAUACAACGCCCUGAAGACCAGGAACAUGAGGAGCCUAAACCCUGAAGACAUUGAUCAGAUGAUCACCAUCAGCGGCAUGGUGAUCAGGACCUCCCAGCUGAUCCCAGAGAUGCAGGAGGCCUUCUUCCAGUGCCAGGUGUGUGCCUUCUCUACCCGUGUGGAGGUGGACCGUGGCCGCAUCGCAGAACCUGCAGUGUGCCGCAACUGCAACACCACCCACAGCCUGGCCCUCAUCCAUAACCGCUCUGCCUUCUCCGACAAACAGAUGAUCAAAGUUCAGGAGUCUCCUGAUGACAUGCCUGCUGGGCAGACCCCUCACACCACCAUAGUGUACGCUCACAACGACCUGGUCGACAAAGUACAGCCAGGAGACCGCAUCAACAUCACUGGGAUCUACAGAGCGGUUCCUAUGCGGGAAAACCCUCGCCAGAGCACCGUGAAGUCAGUGUACAAGACCCACAUCGACGUCAUCCACUUCCGUAAGACGGACGAGAAGCGCCUUCACGGGCUGGAUGAGGAUUCAGACCAGAAGCUUUUCACUGAGGAGCGCGUCCAGACACUGAAGGAGCUGGCCGCCAAACCAGACGUGUACGAGCGUCUUUCCUCCGCCCUGGCCCCCAGCAUCUACGAACAAGAGGAUAUCAAGAAGGGUAUUCUUCUCCAGCUGUUCGGGGGCACCCGUAAAGACUUCAGCCAGACAGGCCGCGGUAACUUCCGUGCCGAGGUAAACAUCCUGCUCUGUGGAGACCCCGGUACCUCCAAGUCCCAGCUGCUGCAGUAUGUGUUCAACCUGGUGCCCCGCGGUCAGUACACGUCUGGGAAGGGCUCCAGUGCUGUGGGCCUCACAGCCUACGUGAUGAAGGACCCAGAGACCAAGCAGCUUGUACUGCAGACCGGAGCCCUGGUGCUCAGUGAUAACGGGAUAUGCUGUAUUGAUGAGUUUGACAAGAUGAGCGACAGCACACGCUCUGUGCUGCAUGAGGUCAUGGAGCAGCAGACUCUCUCCAUUGCCAAGGCUGGAAUUAUUUGCCAGCUCAAUGCUCGCACCUCUGUCCUGGCAGCAGCCAAUCCCGUGGAGUCUCAGUGGAACCCCAAGAAGACAACCAUCGAGAACAUCCAGCUCCCUCACACACUGCUGUCAAGAUUUGAUCUGAUCUUCCUGAUGCUGGAUCCUCAAGACGAGGCGUACGACCGUCGCCUGGCUCACCACCUGGUGGCGCUCUACUACCAGAGUGAGGAGCAGAUCGAGGAAGAGUUCCUGGACAUGGCAGUGCUGAAGGACUACAUUGCAUACGCUCGCACUUACAUCAACCCCAGACUUAACGAAGAAGCCAGCCAGGCACUCAUUGAAGCCUACGUGGACAUGAGGAAGAUCGGCAGCGGGCGGGGGAUGGUGUCUGCCUACCCCAGGCAGCUGGAGUCUCUGAUCCGACUGGCUGAGGCCCAUGCCAAGGUGCGCUUCUCUGACAAGGUGGAGACGGUCGACGUGGAGGAGGCCAAGAGACUACACCGUGAGGCCCUCAAGCAGUCUGCUACAGACCCCAGGACUGGCUUCGUAGACAUCUCCAUUCUCACAACUGGAAUGAGUGCCACGGCCCGUAAGCGUAAGGAGGAAGUGGCCCAGGCUCUGAAGAAAAUGAUCCAGUCCAAGGGAAAGACCCCUGCCAUGAAAUACCAGCAGCUGUUUGAUGACCUCAGAGGACAGUCUGAAGCCGCAAUAACGAAGGACAUGUUUGAAGAGGCUCUGCGUGCCCUGGCAGAUGAAGACUAUCUGACCGUCACUGGAAAGACUGUUCGCCUGCUGUAAAGAAAUACACACAUCUCCCUUCUUUCCUUGUACAGUCAUUGAAUUCGCAUGUAUUUCACUGUAGCAACAGCUUUCUCUCUGUACUGAAUACUGGUGUGUAAAGAAUGUUUGACCAUGAUGAUGGCUAGCUUUGUAUACUUUGUGAUUCCUGGUAGUGCUUGGUGUCUCAGCUGUUAUUAUGGUGCGCAAUAAAUAAAUGCUUUUGUAUGUUUUGA